AUGUUUGUUGGUGGCCUCAGUUGGGAUACAAGCAAAAAAGACUUGAAAGAUUACUUCACCAAAUUUGGUGAGGUAACCGACUGUACGAUAAAGAUGGACCCUAACACAGGAAGAUCCAGAGGCUUUGGAUUUAUUCUCUUCAAAGAACCUGGGAGUGUUGAAAAGGUUCUGGAACAGAAAGAACACAGGCUAGAUGGACGACUAAUUGACCCCAAGAAGGCCAUGGCAAUGAAAAAGGAUCCAGUGAAGAAAAUAUUUGUUGGUGGACUAAACCCAGAAGCCACAGAAGAGAAAAUCAGGGAAUACUUCGGAGAGUUUGGAGAGAUUGAAGCAAUUGAACUUCCCAUGGAUCCAAAGACCAACAAAAGGAGGGGGUUUGUGUUCAUCACUUUCAAGGAAGAGGAUCCGGUGAAGAAGGUUUUGGAGAAGAAAUUCCAUAACGUCAGUGGAAGCAAGUGCGAGAUUAAGGUAGCACAGCCAAAAGAAGUAUACCAGCAGCAACAGUUCAGUAGUGGUGGAGGAAGAGGUAGCUAUGGAGGAAGAGGCAGAGGUGGAAGAGGCGGCGCUCAAAGUCAAAAUUGGAAUCAAGGUUAUGGCAAUUACUGGAACCAGGGUUAUGGGAAUCAAGGAUACGGCUAUCAGCAAGGUUAUGGUGGCUAUGGAGGCUAUGAUUAUUCAGGAUAUGGGUAUUAUGGAUAUGGACCAGGCUAUGAUUACAGUCAAGGCAGUGCAAAUUAUGGGAAGACACCAAGACGUGGUGGUCAUCAGAAUAACUACAAGCCAUAUUGAUCAAACUUAUUCAGAUACAAGAAACAUACAGAAAUCAGAAAGCCAGAAGAGCUUACUUAACAGGAGGAAAACACUGAAAAGGAAGGAGCCCCUUAGAAGAGGAAUGGACUAUAUGUGACCAACUCUUUCAAGAUACUUUAGAAGAAAUAGCUGACUUCAGCUGCCUUUUCUGAUGCUGGAUUUUUUUUAAGGCUCUUGGAUCUCUGAUUGCAUGAAUUUCUGCAUGUAGAGCUACAGAGAGCACACAUGCACUGAUCCUUCCCUCAGAGCCACCUCCACAUUAACUAGGGGUGGGAAGCCACGAGGAUGUGUACGCAGCAGAGAUAACUGCUAGUGCAAAUAUAGGUCAAAAUGCAUUUUUACAUUUUUUACUGUAAAUGUCAGUCAUCACAUUUUUUGUAUUCUGUAUUGAUUUUUAUAUGUAAAAUAGCCUAUGCCCAAUAAAACAGAUGCAGUGAAGUAAGGUUACCCUCUCCAACUACUCCUAGUGUAACAGGUCAAGUUAUUUUCACGUGCUUUCCUAUAACAUUAGUUAGAAAACAUACGCAUUUUUCUGCUGACACCAGUCAAUAUUUUGGUCCAUGACUAUUCAUAAAAAAAGUGCAACUUGUACAUUUACCAGAGUUGUCUGGGGGUGAAGGGUAAAGGGGACAAGGCACAGAGCAGUUGUUUGACCUAGAAAGAUCCUGACCUGCUGUUAAAGCGCAUCCUAACACUGACCAUCACGGGGUUGAUUUCUGCCCUGGGCUUUUUCUUCUUCCUGUGCACUCAAAACACUUAUUUUGGCCAUCCUAAAACUGCACACCUUUCUACCGUGUUUCACUCGAGUGAUUAAAAAAUGACUCGUGAACUUAAAAAGAGCUUUGCAACCUGCGUGUAAGGCUCACGCUCCUGGACUGAAAGCCAUCGCCGAGAACCCAACAAGCCUCCGCCGCACGGUGGGGUGGAGAACGAAGACAACAAUCCCAGCCAAUGUGUAACUAACCCUCACAUACGUAAGCGGGAAGAUGUGCAAGUGCUUUACUAACUAGUUGUGUAGUAGUUAGGUAUUGGAGAAAUUGCCUAUUGCAAUUUACAUUGCCUUCAAUACAGACAGGUCUUGUGUUUUCUAUAUAGUUAAGAUGGGAGAUAGUUGGUAAAUAUAACAUCUCCGGAGAGUAAAUAUGUAGAGUUGAAGCGGGCCUGCUGCUAGUAAUUGGUUUCCUUGACACAUAUGAAAGUAUUUAACUUUUUGAAAGAGAGACAGCUUACUGCCCUUUUGUUUCUCCGAAGACAACUGCAAAUCAUCGAACAUGCAGCAUUUUCUAUGGUUAAAAAAAAAAAGAAAAUAAAACAAUGACCUCUUUUAGCUAGUCGUGCAGAGCCCUUUCAGGGAGCAGAGCACAAACCUUCCUGCACAACCGUUGGACUUCGACCUGAGCUCUGCAGGGCAGAGCUAUGUGCUGACACAGCAAAAGCCGUUCUAAUGCCCAGAGUGCCAGUGACCCCCGUGCCACAGAACUGGCCGGUCACUUAAGGAAACUUUUCAAAACCCAGCUGGGAAUCGGACUCACAGAGCUGCAGCAGCACAGGCACGAGGGGAACCAAACUUGGCCAUAGGUGCUGAGAGAAGCCAGAACUAAUUUUUAGCGUCUGUUAUCAUAAAGGGGCAAGCAUCCCCUGCGUGAUCUCCCAUUGCUUACACUCCUCGCCUAAAGUCGUUUUAACUGGGAGGGAGAAGGCGCAACGCAUUGGCAUCCUUCCCCAAAUGCCAAAGUGAAACAUCUUGUCCAGCUCUGCUGCCUUGUGUCCUUCUUCUCCCCGGAGGGAUUCGCUCCUUGGGACAGGGCUUGGCCACCGCAGAAACACACACAAGCCAUGCAAGAAAGAAAGAAAGAAAGAAAGAGAGCAGAUACUGUACCAAAGGGCAGGGCACGCUCACCCUGUCCAGGCCUGGGAAACCUGGGUCCCUUUUGCUGCCUGCAAUGCUACGAUCUCCCUGUUUGAAAAAAUAACUGCUUGUUGAGAAUGGUAAAGGACACGGGAGUUACUCGAACAGACACGCAAUGUUUCGGCAGAGGAGGACAGGUCUAGAACUUUACACCUCCAUUUCUGAUGACACAGCAAGUCAGCAGAGUGGUUUUAUGGUAGGGAAUUCACAGACACAUAGUCUGUCAUCUGGGAAAGAUCUUUAUACACAAACCAGAGAUUCACGUUUGUAACAGCCUGUUGAAAAAGACGAGGGUUAAAUCAUGCAGCAUGUUGAGGGAGGAAAGAUGAUCAUCACAAACGAAAAAAUUAAUUGUAGUUCACAUUCAAUCUCCAAGCACAAUAAAGCGUAUUGACUGAAGGAGCUUUUUGCUGGUAUAGCGGAGCCACACAACAGCUUUGAUUGCCAUAGCUGUGCUGAUGGGGCGAGAAAAAGUCACACAUUUAGAAAAGAAAUGGGUUUGUUGGAGCAUGUUGGAGCAGGUACCUGGCACUGUUAGUUAGGUGCAGCCGAACUAGGGGCUAACAGCUACAUUUCAGUAGUUUUAUUUCAAUAGUUGAUAUGAAUCACUCUUUCGUCCUGCAGCCUCAAAGCACUUCAGGGAAGGGAUCUCUGGUUUUAGUCUUUAUAUGAAAAAUAAUAAUGAAAAGGAGGUAAAUGUUACCAGACCAAGUAACUGCUUAUAAACGAGUGUAGUUUUUUUUUUUUUUCCUGGGCCCUAUCAAAGGAAUGAGAUGUUCUGGAAGUGGACUUGGAAGAUCCACCUUCCUCAGGCUCAAACACCCAGGAGUUUUCCUGGAAAGGCUCUUUGUGUACACGCUGCACGGCAGUGGCCCGGGAUGUGUCUGAGAAGGGAGAGAUCUGAGCUGUGAGCUGCUGUCUCAGGCAGAGAAACGGGGAGGGCUCUUCUCCCAGGGACACUUCUUGGUAGCCUGGAGAGCUCCAGCUCAUACAUCACUUACCUUUGGCAGUACUAAGAUGCUAGCAACUCCCACCCGCUUCUCCACGCAGGGGAGAGCAGGCUGGGCUCAUCCCCUGCUCGGUUUGCGGAGAUGAAGGGAUGGAGCUGACCUUGUUUUCAAACUGAUUCCCAUCCACUGCACUGAGUUACUCCCUGAUUUCAAAUGUACUCAAAAGCCAGGCCAGCAGCUUCACCAGGGCACGCUAUCUCCUGAAGAGCGUUACUGAAGCCCAUUGUUCCUGACUACAAUAAGAAGGUCUUUACACAAAGAUUCUUUAUUUUUACUGCUGUGGCUUGCUCCCAUCUGGCCAGUGAGGAGCCCUUACAGCGAGCAGUGAACUUCCAGCAGUGCAGAUAAAACAAACCAUUAGGAAAAGUGAGAAA